AUGAUGUGGCUGUUUGUAACCAUUGUUUAUUCCUUGUGCAUCAGUGAGGAGGCUCAUGCCAGCCCCGAGGUGUUCAUGGAUGUGGGUGAAAUUGUCCGCUACUAUGGGUAUCCCUAUGAGGAGCAUGAAGUGGUGACAGAGGAUGGCUAUUACCUCACCCUCCAGAGGAUUCCUCAUGGCAGAGACAACCCGGGGAGCAGCAGCACCUCCCAUCAAGCAGAGACAGAGGCCUCCAGCAUGUUCUGUCCCACUCCCAAGCCUGCAGUCCUCCUGCAGCAUGGCCUGGUGUUGGAGGGAAGCAACUGGGUCACCAACCUCCCCAACAACAGCCUGGGCUUCAUCCUUGCUGACGCUGGCUACGACGUCUGGAUCGGAAACAGCCGGGGCAACAGCUGGUCACGGAAGCACAGGGAGUUUGAGUUUCACCACCAGGAAUACUCAGCUUACAGCUUUCAUGAGAUGGCCAUGUAUGACCUGCCAGCCACUAUCAACUACAUUCUGCAGAAAACUGGACAGGAGCAGUUAUACUACAUGGCCUACUCCCAAGGCACCACCACAGGUUUCAUUGCAUUUUCCUCCAUUCCUGAGCUGGAUAGUAAAAUCAAGAUGUUUUUUGCCUUGGCUCCUAUCACUGUAAGCUCAAACAUGAAGACCCCCUUGGUAAGGUUGUUUGACCUUCCUGAGGGGCUGAUUAAGCUUGUUUUAGGACACACGGUGGUCUUCGAUGAGGAGGAGUUCUUGAAGAAAAUGAUUACUGGCCUGUGCAGCUACCCCAUCUUUAACAGCUUUUGCUCCUUGGUCAUUUACUUGCCUGGUGGGUUCACCAACAGCAUAGAUACGAGCCGCAUGGAUGUCUACCUGUCCCGCUACCCUGACACUACGUCCCUCAAAAACAUGUUACAUUGGCGCCAGCUCUAUCAAACAGGGGAAUUCAAGCACUAUGAUUAUGGCAGUGACAACCUGCUUCAUUACAAUCAGACCACACCUCCCUUCUACGAGCUAGAAAACAUGAAAACACCACUUGCUGCAUGGUAUGGUGGCAAGGACUGGAUUUCAGCCCCCGAAGAUGUGAACAUCACGCUGCAUCGCAUAACCAACGUGGCCUACAAAAAGUACAUCCCUGAGUUUGUCCACUUUGAUUUCCUCUGGAGUAGGCAAGUCUAUGAGCAAGUGUACAAAGAAAUCCUUGAACUGCUGGAGAACAAUGCCUAG